UCUGCAAGCAAAGAAAUAUCCCUAGACUGAUAUAUACCAGUACAGUGAAUGUGGUAUUUGGAGGGAAUCCUAUUGAAGAAGGAGAUGAAGAAACUGUGCCAUAUUUUCCACUGGAAAAGCAAUUUAAUCAUUAUUCUAGAACAAAGGCAAUUGCAGACCAAAUGAUUCUUGCUGUGAAUGGAACUUUACUCAAAGGAGGGGAUAAGCUCCAUACUUGUGUGCUUCGUCCACCAGGCAUAUAUGGACCAGAAGAGCAGCACCACCUGCCACGAGUAGCCGUAAAUAUCCAGCGGAGACUAUUUAACUUCAAGUUUGGGAAUCACAAAGUUCAGAUGAACUGGGUUCAUAUAGGAAAUUUAGUACAAGCUCACUUACUAGCUGCUGAGGCUCUCACCUCUGAGAAGGGUUAUGUAGCUAGUGGUCAGGCGUAUUACAUACAUGAUGGUGAAAACGUCAUAUUUUCUGAAUGGAUAGUCCCUUUAUUUGAAAAAUUAGGCUACAGGAAACCCUGGCUACAUAUUCCUGUUCUUCUGGUUCACAUAGCAGCCACUGUGAUGGAAUAUCUGCACCUGAUACUAAAGCCAGUUUUUAGAUUUACACCUGUCUUGACAAGGAAUGAGGUGUGGAACAUUACUGUAACUCACACUUUCCGAAUAGACAAGGCACGAAAUCAACUUGGUUACAAACCAAAGAAAUUCUCAUUUGCUGAUUCUGUGGAUCAUUAUCUUAAAACAAGACCUACUUGCCAAGAAGAUCACAUGUACCUUAAAAUGGUGUUUGCUUUUGGCAUUUUGUUAAGUUUGACCAUUCUUUCUUUCUUCUAA